AGCAACAUUAUUUCUGCAGAACUGGUAGAAACGAUGCAUAGAUGAAAACCCAUCUCAAGGAAGCCGCUCUCGCUCGGACCAGGCGUUGUAGAGGGAGACUGUGGAUCUCUGGCCGGCGCGAGGGUGGCUGCCAACAGACAUGCCAGCCAACCUCACCGUCUCCAACCACACCAUACAGUUGCCGGACACAGACUAUAACUUCCCCGCACUGAUCUUCGGGAUAUUGUUAAUUAUCGUUAUCAUUUGUGGAAAUGUGCUUGUGUGCCUUAGUGUAUAUAUGGAAAACGCUUUAAAAACUACAACAAACUACUUCAUAGUCAGCUUAGCUGUCGCGGACUUGCUAUUGGCCGUCUUGGUUUUGCCAUUGUUCGUGUAUGCGGAGUUUCAGGGCGGAGUGUGGGCCUUAAACAUGGUCAUCUGCGAUGGGCUGAUGACCAUGGAUGUCAUGUUGUGCACAGCCUCCAUAUUCAACCUCUGUGCCAUCAGCGUUGACAGGUUUAUUGCCGUGUCAGUACCCCUCAAUUACAACCGGAAGUACGUAGAUCAGAGGCAGAUAAUUCUACUCUCCGCCACCUGGAUAUUAGCUUUGGCAGUGGCGUCCCCCGUCAUUUUUGGGAUCAACAACGUGCCCCACCGGGACCCGAAAGAGUGCAAGCUGGAGGACAACAACUACAUUGUGUACUCCUCCGUCUGCUCCUUCUUCAUCCCCUGCCCCAUAAUGCUGAUGCUGUACUUCGGAAUGUUCCGGGGCCUGCGGCGCUGGGAGGAGGCGCGCAAGGCCAAGCUGAGGAGCAGCAUCGAGGCCUGCCGCAAGCUCCAGCAGGCGGCCGCCGGCCUGCCCCCGCUGUCGGGCCUGCCGCCCCCGCUGCCGCCCGUCAUCGAGUGCGACCUCGACGACGUCCAGCUGGAGGAGCUGGAGCACUUCACCCCGCCCGGCUGCCCCUACCCGACGGAGUACAAGAACAGCCCCAUCCAGGCCGUGACCAGCGCCCGGCCCCCGCCACAGAAGAAGAGGGCCAAGAUCAAUGGGAGGGAGAGGAAAGCCAUGAGGGUGCUGCCCGUUGUAGUGGGUGCCUUCCUUUUCUGCUGGACGCCCUUCUUCGUGGUGCACACCAUGCGCGCCCUGUGCGAAACGUGCGACAUCUCGCCCCGUCUGAUGAGCAUCGUCACCUGGCUGGGCUACGUCAACAGUGCCCUCAACCCCAUCAUCUACACCGUCUUCAACACCGAGUUCCGGAAGUUUUUCAGCAAAUUCCUGCACAGCUGCUGCUAA